AUGCUGCCUUUCAUGGCCAUUCCAAGUGUUACUUGGAUACUGCUUUCUGGCCUCAUGCUGCCAUGUCAAGUAAAAGGGGAAGACCUGCAGAAGGAAGAGCUGUCUCCAAUGAUCAGUUGCCCCCAAGGCUCCUUGGCCUAUAACUCCCGCUGCUAUGCCUUGUUUGUGUCACCCAAAUCCUGGAUGGAUGCAUAUUUUGCAUGCCAGAAAAGGCCCCAAGGAUCCCUUGUGUCUGUGCUCACUUCCUCUGAGGCUUACUUCGUGGCUACCAUGAUCAGAAACAAGGGGAUGAUGAAUGAUAACGUCUGGAUGGGACUCCAUGACCCCACGGAGGGCUUUAAACCGAAUGGAGGCGGCUGGGAGUGGAGCAGCAAUGAUUUACUGAAUUACCAGGCCUGGGAGAAAAAACCCCCAGGCUAUCCCAACACGGGUUACUGUGGGAGCCUUUCAGCAACCUCAAGUAAGAAAGGCUGA